AUGCACGGUCUUUUGCUCGCCGGGCUUCUGGCCCUGCCCAUGAAUGUGCUCGCUCACCCUGCUGAGCAGCACGCCAGCAACGUCCUCAGCCGCCGUGGCGUCGACAUCGAGUCCUUCCGUCUGCCAUUGAAGGCCAAGUACAUGGACAGUGAUGCCACCGCCCAGAAGAUCCAGGCCAUGUCCUUCUCCAAGGACGAUGACUACGUCUCAACCGCCACCAAGCUGGUCAAGAGCACAUUCCCCAAGUCCACAUUCCGUGUCGUUGAUGACCACUACAUUGGCACCAACGGAAUUGGCCAUGUUCACUUCAAGCAGACUGCCCACGGCCUUGACAUUGACAACUCUGACUUCAAUGUCAACAUCGGCCGUGAUGGCAAGGUCUUCUCCUUCGGAAACUCUUUCUUCACCGGAGAGAUCCCCAAGGAGAACCCAAUGGUCAAGCGUGCAUUCUCUGACCCAGUCAAGGCCCUGAAGGGUGCCGUCAAGGCCCUCAACCUCCCUGUCAAGUCUGACAACGCUAAGGCUAAGACUGCUGCUGGCAAGGAGGCUUUCGAGUUCAUGGGAACCACCGGUGCCCUCUCUGCUCCCAAGGCCAACCUCGUCUACCUCCAGAAGGAAGACGGAAGCCUCGCCUUGACCUGGAAAGUCGAGACCGACGUUGGUGACAACUGGCUCUUGACCUAUGUCGAUGCCCACAACAGCGAGACUGUCCACAACGUUGUUGACUACGUUGCCUCUGCUGAGUACAAGGUCUUCGCCUGGGGUCUCAACGAUCCCACUGAGGGAAACCCAACCUCUAUCCGCGACCCGUGGACUGAUGCCUCUCCCUACACCUGGAACUCUGAUGGCAUGACCAAGUACCCAACCACCCGCGGUAACAACGCCAUUGCCCAGGACAACCCAACUGGCGGCAGCACCUAUAUCAACAACUACCGCCCACAGAGCCCCAACCUCAUCUUCAGCUACCCAUGGAGCCCAACUGCUACUCCCCCAUCCUCCUACAAGGACUUCUCCAUCACUCAGCUCUUCUACACCACCAACCGAUACCAUGACCUCCUCUACUCCUUCGGCUUCAACGAGGCUGCUGGUAACUUCCAGGUCAACAACGGCAACAAGGGUGGCCGAGGCAACGAUUUCGCCAUUGUCAAUGCUCAGGAUGGCUCUGGUACCAACAAUGCCAACUUUGCCACUCCACCAGAUGGCAGCCCUGGCCGCAUGAGAAUGUACAACUGGACUACUGCUCGUCCCAACCGUGAUGGCUGCCUUGAAGCCGGUAUCGUCAUCCACGAAUACACCCACGGUCUCUCCAACCGUCUCUGUGGUGGUCCCGCCAACAGUGCCUGCUUGAACGCUCUCGAGUCCGGUGGUAUGGGUGAGGGCUGGGGUGACUUCUACGCCACUGCCAUCCGUCUAAAGCCCCGUGACACCAAGGACACCAACUACUCCAUGGGUGCCUGGGCUGCCAACAACCCCAAGGGUAUCCGUGCCUACCUCUACUCCACUAACCUCCAGACCAACCCCUACAUGUACACCUCCGUCAACAGCCUCCGUGAGGUCCACCAGAUCGGUACCGUCUGGGCCUCCAUGCUCUACGACCUCAUGUGGGCUCUUAUCGAGGCCCACGGCGGCACCUACUCCGCUGACCCGGUCUUCCGCAAUGGCGUUCCACAGGAUGGUCGCCAUCUUUCCAUGAAGCUCGUCAUGGACGGCAUGGCCCUCCAGCCAUGCAACCCCAACUUCGUCCAGGCCCGUGAUGCCAUCCUCGAUGCCGACCGUGCUCUCACCAACAGUGCCAACAAGUGCACCAUCUGGAAGGCCUUCGCUAAGCGUGGCCUCGGCUACGGUGCCAAAUAUGAUGCCCGCAACCGCACUGGCAGUAACAAGCUCCCACCAGGCUGCUAA